AUGUCUAAUAAUCCAGAAGAAGAAUUACAAAGUUAAAUGAACUAGAUCAUAGAAAAUGGGAUAUUAAAAAAUAUUGAAAAUGUGUAGCUUAAGAAUAAAGUUCUUUAAAGUCUUUAGUUGAAAAGAGUUUCAAAGUUAACUUUAAUUGGUAUUGAUAUAAGUAAAAACUAAAAUAAAAAUAAGUUCUUGACUUAAAAUUUCGAGGUGGAUCUACACAGCUGAAGGAUAAAUAUUCAAAAACAUAUGUUAAGUUGUUUGCUUAAUUACCUUAACCAAAAGACGAGAUUAUCAAUUAUAUUCUUUUCUUAAUCACCUAUAAUAUUCAUUGGUAUUUAUGGAAAGAUGCAUAAUAUAAAGAAUAAGUGAACAUUAGGUAGUUUUUUACAAUAAUUGAAGAUUUGUAUACGAUUGCUAUCAUAUAGUAAUAUUUUACUCGAAUGGAUUAUAUGUUUCAGAUGCAUAUAUAAGAGGAUAAAUAGAUAAAAUUUUCACAUCUAAAUUUUUAGAGUAUGAAAGAAUUCAAGAUCAGAUAAUAUUGUAAAAGAAAUUGGAGUAGAAGAGAAAAGCUUAAGAAAAAACAUUUUUAGGUAGGAAGCUUAUGUUUCCAAAUUUAUCUGGUGAUGGAUUAACAUUUGCUAAACAUUUGAAUGAAAAAUUGAAACCACAAAAAAUUUUAAGAAAAGAUUCUACUAAAAUUGAAUAAUUUGAAGACCAAAAUGUUUAAGUAUCUGCUUAAACUAAAUAUUUACUAUCUCACCUUUAGCUAAAUGUUAAUUAGGUUUCUCCUUCUGUAAAACUAGUAUUACACAUGAACAAACCACAAGUUCCGUUUUCAAGACCUAAGAUGCUUUAGCAUAAUUUUGAAAAGUCAGAUGAAAAACUUAAAUUUGUUGGAUUACUUAACAAUCAACCUUAAAUUUAGAAAAAACAAGAUAUUAAANCUAAAGCUGAAAAAGGUAAAGAUGAAAAUUUUCCCGAUUAAGGUAUGACUGAUCCUAAAGCUGAUUAAGGUAAAUUUAAUAUAAUUAUUUUAGGUAAAGCCAAAAGGGGAUAAAAGUAAAAUACAACCAAAAGAUGA